GUUAUCUCAAGUCCCUUAAUGAAAAAGAAAAUCCCAUCUCCACCUCCAAUGCCUGUUACCAAGCCCCGGUCUCUCUCAGUGCCAGACGUUCCCAGCAACCUUAUCAGAGUAGAGAUGGAUCAACGGCCAGUAUCUUAUCCUUACAGACCAAACCAAUCUGUGGAUCCAUCAAUUUGCUCGUUAACAAUCAUGGAGGAAAACAAAGCAAAUAACAACGAAAGCUCAGAGUCACUAUAUGAAUCAAUGGAGGGCCUUAACUUAGCAGAAAAAAGAACGAUUGAUGGAGAAGUUUAUGUUGCUCCUGGGACCUUGUUGAGGUCUGUCAAUGAAGCCUUUGACAGAUUUAGGACAGGAUCUUCAUCCCUGGUUUCAGUUGAAAACGAGACAUAUCCCAGUGACAGUGAAAAGAGCCAAGACUCCAGCCGUAGCUCCAGCAGUGCCACUUCUUCAAAUGAAAGCUUGAAACAUUUCCAGGAAAAACCAAACCCAAGUGAGAGAAUUAAUACCGACGCCUCUAAAGAGAAAGACAUUGAAGUGAAUACUGCGGACUUGAAAAAGCAUCUCACGCUCGAACAAUAUGGAAAACCGAGGGUGUCUUCGUGGACCGGCCUGCAGCAGGACACUCUGGGCCUCUUCCUCAAAGGAGACCAGAUCCUGGCAGUCAACGACUUGCACACGGUCAGUCGGGACGAGUUCGACAUGCUCGUCAGUAAGAGUCUAAAGGACAAGGUCAAAGUGACCAUCCUGCGUCUCUCUGGAGGACAUGGGGAUUCUGGGAACAGCGUCUGAAACAGCUGAGAUGCUCCGUCCUCAUUUACGUCCCUCAUUAUUACUAACACGAACAAUCAAUAGACUCAAUAUGUAAAUAAUCUGUUUAAUUCAAGCCGUCGCAUUUGUCAUUCCUAUGAACUUUUAUAGAAAAACAUUGUGCUUUUUUUUUUUUGAUGUUUGUUCUGUGGUGUUGCCUUGAGUGCAAACGGAGAAAUGAGUUUCCUCAUUCCUCUUUGAGUAGUCAACCUUACAAAAAAACAACCCGCCUCCACUUAAUUGCAAAAUUACACAUCUGAAAGAUCCGAGAACAAAAGGAUUUUAAAUGUCUAAUACAGGGGUGUCAAACUGAAUCGCACAAGGAGCCAAAAUCCAAAAACACACUUUAGGUUGUAAGCUGAACAGGAUAAACAUUUAUU